UAUCUCCUCCUUUAAUGUGAAGUGUCUGUGUUGGAUUUAGUGUUUCUUAGAUUCUAAAUAAGCCAUCCUAUAAAUACAUCACCAUAUAUAUUCUCACAAACCUCUCAAGAAAUCUACUUUCAUUGCACAUAUUGUACCAUCCACAAAAUGAGUGACAAUGAAAAACAACCUCAACAACACAAUAUAGCACUCCCAAAAGAUCAUCAUAAUCUUCCAAUCACAAAAAAUCAAUCAAAUUUCAACUCAAAAAUAAAAAACCAAUCUUCAUUAUCUACCAUCCUAACAAAAAUUCAUGCAGGAUAUUUUAGAAUAAGUUUAUCUCUCUCAAUCCAAGCAUUAUUAUGGAAAAUCCUAAUUGAACCAAUCAAAGAUGCACAUGUUCUUAGACAUAUAUUUACAAUGAUACCCUCAACAGCUUUAAUUCUAUUAUGGACAAUAUCCUUAUUAACACUCCUAACACUCUCUUUUCUCUAUCUUCUAAAAUGUUUACUUCACUUUGAUAAAGUUAAAGAAGAAUUCUUUAACCAAAUUGGUGUAAAUUACAUGUUUGCCCCAUGGAUUUCUUGGCUACUUUUGUUAGAAUCAUCACCAAUUGUUCCACCAGCAGCACUUCAUUACAAGAUCCUAUGGUUAGUUUUUGUGAUUCCUGUGGUUAUUCUUGAUGUUAAGAUUUAUGGUCAAUGGUUUACUAAAGGGAAGAUGUUUUUGUCGAUGGUUGCGAAUCCGACGAGUCAAAUGUCGGUUAUUGGUAACUUGGUUGCUGCACAAGUUGCUUCAGUAAUGGGAUGGAAAGAGAGUGCAAUUUGUUUGUUUUCUCUUGGUAUUGCACAUUAUUUGGUGCUUUUUGUUACACUUUAUCAGAGGUUUCCGGGGAAUAAUAAGAUUCCGGCGAUGUUGCGACCGGUGUUUUUCUUGUUCUUUGCUGCUCCUAGUAUGGCUAGUUUGGCUUGGCACUCUAUUUGUGGUUACUAUGAUACUGCUUCAAAGAUGUUGUUCUUUCUUUCCCUCUUCCUUUUCUUAUCCUUGGUUUCAAGGCCUUUGCUAUUCAAGAAGUCUAUGAAGAAAUUCAGUGUGGCAUGGUGGGCUUAUUCUUUUCCUUUGACUGCUUUGGCAAUAGCUUCAGCACAAUAUGCACAUGAAGUUAAGGGAAUCAUGGCUCAUGUUAUUAUGUUUAUCUUAUCAUUAAUCUCAGUUUUGGUUUGUAUCAUGUUAAUGAUUGUCUCUGCUCUCAACAUUAGGAUGCCAUUAACUGCUCGAAACCUUUCUUCAAAACAAGAAGUAACAUCGGAGAAACUUGAUCAACAAUAAUUAGUUAUUAAUUGGAAUUUCAACUUCAUGUAAUAUCCAUGUGUAUAUCACUAACAAGAGGUUUUGGGUUAUUAUAUAUAAACUAUAUAUAUACCAAGAAUAUUUGUGUGUAAAAAUGUGUAAAAGAGUCUCACAUUCGGUUAAUAUGAGUUAUGAAGAACAUAUAAUUGAGGAUUCUGUAUAUAUUAAAUGGUUUAAGAUUUUGAGUGAUGAAAUAUAUAUAAUGUUCAAAUUA